AUGAUUGAUAUGGGGCAUGUUGACAUGUUUCACAGGGAGGACAUUUUCCGAACGAGGGCCUUCAGGUCCGUUCCACUCUGCGUUGAACUCUUUGACGUUUCAGCUGCCCAUGGCGCAGCUGUAUGGGACGGGUCAGGGUCGCAUCGUUUUCCGCUCUACUGCUGCCCACAUCGAUUGCAAGGCAUUGGCGGUUCCUGCGCUGAGUGGGACCCGCCCAACCGUGUCCGAGCCUGGCGCCCCAGGUCGAUUGUACGCCAAUUUUCGAGCCUAUGCGGCGUCCAUGCACUAGGAUGGAUGCGAGAGAUGGAUUUGGAAGCCGCCCUCUACUGUUGCAGCUGUUGCCAAGAGGCUUCGUUGGAAGGGAGGGCGCAGAAAGCAAGUCAAAGUCCGGGGUGUGUGGCACGGCCUACCGGCAACUUUGAAGAUGCAGGCGCUCGCCCAGCUGAUGUGAUUGAUGUUCCUCCCAGAUAUGGCUCUCGCGUUUUGCGCCCCGGACCUCCUGGCAUGCGUGGGGUGAAUUUGUACAAACAGACGCCUGGGGGUCCACCAAGAUGCGUCGUCGGAGUUGGCGACCCCCAUAUCUUCUCCUGUGUUGACGCUGCUCUACGCGCAAUUGCAUCUUUGUUGGCAGCCCUUCUCAGAGAGUACGAAGAUUACUUUGGACCUGUCGGCAUUUCAACAGAAACUGCAGAUUUGAGGGCUGCCAUGCUCAAGGCAUUCGAUUGGAAAGAGCUUCUUGAAGUUCGCCAGCCUCGCCCAGACACGUGCAAGCUUUCCACGCCGUUCUUCGGAGAUUUGAUUUGA